CACAUUUACCCACAGACCGAGGUACAGAGCAAGAGGCAACCUCUGGCCCCCCAGCAGCUGUCCAGCCUGCAGUCCCAGACCUCAGCUCCCCCCAACUACCCUCCCCCAAUCCCAUCCCCUUCCCAAUUGAAGGAGCCAACAGAGAAGAGAGAAGAGUGAACAGAGAUUGAGAGAGAUAGACGGAGAUCUCUGGAGCAGACCUCAAGGUGAUUUCCAUUUCUAUCUGGUUCUCGUCUGGGGGGGCCCUGGCAGGGCAGCCCCCCCACACUUUUACCGUCCUGAAACACGGCUCUAGCCAAUCUGCUCCGCUGCUUUACCUGCGACCGUCUCUGUGGGGGCUGCACCGCACCAGCCCCUCCAGCCCGCCAGGGCAUCGUCCUCCAACCCGUCAUGCCAAGCUGUGACCCUGGCCCGGCCCCUGCAUGUCUACCCACCAAGACUUUCCGCAGCUACCUGCCCCGCUGCCACCGCACAUACAGUUGCGUCCACUGUCGAGCACACUUGGCCAAACACGAUGAGCUUAUUUCCAAGUCCUUCCAAGGAAGCCAUGGCCGGGCCUACCUGUUUAACUCCGUGGUCAACGUGGGUUGUGGGCCAGCUGAACAGCGCCUCCUGCUCACAGGACUCCACUCUGUAGCUGACAUCUUCUGUGAAAGCUGCAAGACCACACUGGGCUGGAAAUAUGAACAAGCUUUUGAGACCAGCCAGAAAUACAAAGAAGGGAAGUACAUCAUUGAGAUGUCACACAUGGUGAAAGACAACGGCUGGGACUGAGGGGCUCAGCACUCUGGGACCCUCCUCCGCAUGCCCCACCCUCCUCACACCAGUCCCCUGCCCCUGCUCAGCAGUCCGAACCAGCAUGAGUACUGCCCACCCCUGGGGAAACCUGGUUCCAAGUGACCAUCUCCUCCCUUCCCCCGUCACAGCAGUACCAGGUUCUUUGGAACAGGAGCCUGGGAUACCCCAGGGGUGGUUAAGGCUCAGUAGUGGGUCGCAGUCAGGGAAAUACAAAACAGGGGAAGGAGAUAACUGUGGCACUGGAAGCCAAGUGAUGGCAGGGCAUGAACUCAGGCAGACAGGACUGUGAAUUACCAAAUGUUGACCAGCUUUUUUUUUUUUUUUUUUUUGAAUGAACAGGACAAACAUUGGUGGUGGGGCUAGACCACAGAAGAGCAAAGAUGGAGUGAAAAGUCUGGUCUCAGAUUAUCAGGGGCCCAGAGUCUGAGGGUAGUUUAUCCACCCCCAUUCUUGGUUAAAAAAAAAAAAAAAAAAAAAAAAAAAAAAAAGGACCAGGAUGGAACCAAUAGAAGGGAAAACACAAACCCUAGACCCUGGGGAUCAACUACAGGGGUUCCCAUUUCACUCCACGUUUACCUUGGCACUAAAGAGGCACUUUCAAGUAUCUAAUCUUUGCCACUGGGUGGGGUGGGAAAAGCUGCUUCAAGAACAGCCCCCACCCCCAGCUGGCUGUUGCCAGAGAGCAGUCUUUGCGGGCAUUCCCCAAGGCUCAGCCACUGCUCCCUGGGACCCAGUCCUCUGGAGGAGGCAGAUCAUCAGCGCUGAGGGACCAGUCUUUCCUGUGACUGCCACCAGCGAACGAAACUUUUGUAUGAUAAAGUGUUUGGGUCUAUUUUUAAUAAAAAGGGGAAAAGCAACUGUGA